CCUCCGGCGUCAAGGCGGGGGAGCCAGGAGAUGCCGACCCAGAGGGACAGCACUACCAUGUCUCACCCGAUCGCGGGCGGCGCCUUCGUGGACCAUGCUCACCAGGUCCGGGUGAAAGCCUACUACCGCGGGGAUAUCAUGAUAACACACUUUGAACCUUCCAUCUCCUUUGAGGGCCUUUGCAAUGAGGUUCGAGACAUGUGUUCUUUUGACAAUGAACAGCUUUUUACCAUGAAAUGGAUCGAUGAGGAAGGAGACCCGUGUACAGUAUCAUCUCAGUUGGAGUUGGAAGAAGCCUUUAGGCUUUAUGAGCUAAACAAGGAUUCUGAACUCUUGAUUCAUGUAUUUCCUUGUGUACCAGAACGUCCUGGAAUGCCCUGUCCAGGAGAAGAUAAGUCCAUCUACCGCAGAGGUGCACGCCGCUGGAGAAAGCUUUAUUGUGCAAAUGGCCACACUUUUCAAGCCAAGCGUUUCAAUAGGCGUGCCCACUGUGCCAUCUGUACCGACCGGAUAUGGGGACUUGGACGCCAGGGAUAUAAAUGCAUCAACUGCAAACUCUUGGUUCAUAAGAAAUGCCACAAACUUGUCACAAUUGAAUGUGGGCGACAUUCUUUACCACCGGAACCAAUGAUGCCCAUGGAUCCGUCAUCCAUGCACUCAGACCAUGCACAAACAGUAAUUCCAUAUAAUCCUUCAAGUCAUGAGAGUUUGGACCAAGUUGGUGAAGAAAAGGAGGCAAUGAACACCAGGGAAAGUGGCAAAGCAUCAUCCAGUCUAGGUCUUCAGGAUUUUGAUUUGCUCCGGGUAAUAGGAAGAGGAAGUUAUGCCAAAGUACUGUUGGUGCGAUUAAAAAAAACAGAUCGUAUCUAUGCAAUGAAAGUUGUGAAAAAAGAGCUUGUCAAUGAUGAUGAGGAUAUUGACUGGGUACAGACAGAGAAGCAUGUUUUUGAGCAGGCAUCCAAUCAUCCUUUUCUUGUUGGGCUGCAUUCUUGCUUUCAGACAGAAAGCAGAUUGUUCUUUGUCAUAGAGUAUGUAAAUGGAGGAGAUCUAAUGUUUCAUAUGCAGAGACAAAGAAAACUUCCUGAAGAACAUGCCAGAUUUUACUCUGCAGAAAUCAGUCUAGCAUUAAAUUACCUUCAUGAACGAGGGAUAAUUUAUAGAGAUUUGAAAUUGGACAAUGUAUUGCUGGACUCAGAAGGACACAUUAAACUCACUGACUACGGCAUGUGUAAGGAAGGAUUACGGCCAGGAGAUACAACAAGCACUUUCUGUGGUACUCCAAAUUACAUUGCUCCUGAAAUUUUAAGAGGAGAAGAUUAUGGUUUCAGUGUUGACUGGUGGGCUCUUGGAGUACUAAUGUUUGAGAUGAUGGCAGGAAGGUCUCCAUUUGAUAUUGUUGGGAGCUCUGAUAACCCUGACCAAAACACAGAGGACUAUCUCUUCCAAGUUAUUUUGGAAAAACAAAUUCGAAUACCACGUUCUCUGUCUGUAAAAGCUGCAAGUGUCCUGAAGAGUUUUCUCAACAAGGACCCAAAGGAACGAUUGGGUUGUCAUCCUCAAACAGGAUUUGCUGAUAUUCAGGGACACCCGUUCUUCCGCAAUGUUGACUGGGAUAUGAUGGAGCAAAAGCAGGUGGUACCUCCCUUUAAACCAAAUAUUUCUGGGGAAUUUGGUUUGGACAACUUUGAUUCUCAGUUUACUAAUGAACCUGUCCAGCUCACUCCAGAUGAUGAUGAUAUUGUGAAGAAGAUUGAUCAGUCUGAGUUUGAAGGCUUUGAGUACAUCAAUCCUCUUUUGAUGUCUGCAGAAGAAUGCGUCUGAUCCUCGUUUCUCAACUGUGCAUUUUGCUCGUGUUGCCAUUUAAUGCAUGGAAAACUCAUUACCAGCCUGGAUAUGAUGAACCAUUUGAUAUUUGCCAACUACAAAAAAGCGCUCAAUAUCUUGUGUUUGUUGACUGUAAGAGUCAAUUAUUACAUAUAAAUUUAACUAUGGGAAAAAAAAGCGACUAGUUUCCAGACAAUCGUGUCAAAAUUCAUUUAUACUGGUAGUCUAGCAGCCUACUGAUGAGUAACAAAGUUGUCUUUUUCCUUUGAAGAAACUACUUACCACUGCUUUUAAAAAGGGUGUCUGUUGCAUUAAGGCACAUGGUGGUAUUACAUCAUAAGCCUCUCUGUGAUUUUUGUCAUACUUCCUUCUAAGUAUUUAAUUUUGGAAUAAAAAGAUUAAUUCAAAAUAUAUUA